AUGCCUCACUCAAUAUCGCCUGAGACCGAUAACCAAAAUCCCACCGACGAAGAGACCAUGGCCGAUAGAAUUGACGAGAGUCAAGAUACCGACAAUGAUAUCACUAUGGGGGAAACAAAUGCAUUACCAGUUCCCAUAAAGGAGGAGGACCAAAAAGACGUCAAGCUAGAUGAGCUCUUUGCAGAUGUAGACUCGGACGACGAAUUCCCUAGUUCACGGCCGGGCGAAAAUAAAUCCUCGAGCUCCCCCGACACUCCAGCAUCACCCAUGACCGUAUCUAUGAAGGCUUCAGAUCCCGAGAUCAUGCGCAUGUUCUACCAAAGAUUCUUCCCUUGGCGUUAUUUGUUCCAAUGGCUUAAUCAUAGCCCGACUCCUACCAACGACUUCGGUCAUCGCGAAUUUGCUUUCACUUUACAAGGUGAUAUAUAUUCGCGAUAUAACUCAUUUCCCAGUGCCGACUUACUUCGAAAAGACGUACUACGUCUGUUACCGUCUCGUUUCGAAAUCGGUCCUGUAUACACCACAAACCCUCGUGACCGCAAGACGUUGCGGAAUUUGAACGCGUUUAAGCCGCUGGCUAAAGAGCUGUGCUUCGAUAUCGAUUUAACAGAUUACGAUGAUAUCCGAACGUGCUGCGAUAAGGCGAACAUAUGUAAUCGCUGCUGGCAGUUCAUUACUAUGGCUAUCAAAGUGGUGGAUGUGGCCCUACGCGACGACUUUGGAUUUAAACACAUUAUGUGGGUUUACUCGGGACGGAGAGGUGCGCACGCUUGGGUAUGCGAUAAGAAGGCGCGGAUGAUGGACGAUCAAAAGCGUAGGGCUAUUGCGGGAUACCUCGAAGUAAUCCGGGGUGGUGCGCAGAGUGGGAAGAAGGUUAAUAUAUGGCGGCCAUUACACCCCCAUCUAAGUCGGAGUUUAAACAUUCUGGCGCCCCAUUUCCAAGAAGACGUCCUAGAGGCACAAGACCCAUGGGCAUCUCCGGAACGGGCAGAACAUCUCCUUUCCUUGCUCCCUGAUAAAGCACUGAAUGAUAGCUUACGCAAGAAAUGGGACUCUUCGCCCGGCCGUGCGAGCACUUCAAAAUGGGCCGAUAUCGACUCGCUCGCCCGUUCAGGGAGCGGUAGUAAGAACCUCGAUACGAAAGCGCUGCUAGAUGCCAAGCAAGACAUAGUUCUCGAGUACACUUACCCGCGCCUCGAUAUCGAGGUCAGCAAGAAACUAAAUCAUUUACUGAAAUCACCAUUCGUUGUACACCCCGGCACGGGACGAGUGUGCGUGCCGAUCGACACGCGGAAGCUAGAGGACUUCGACCCGCUCGGAGUGCCGACGGUGCAGGGGCUACUAGAAGAGAUCGACACGUGGAAGGCUGGCGACGGGGAGGAUGGCUCCGAAGACAAGGUGAAGAACCUUCAAGACUGGGAGAAGACGAGCUUGCGGCCUUAUGUCGAGUAUUUCCGGAGCUUCGUGCUGGCGCUCAUGAAAGACGAGCGGGAUCCGAAGAUUAAGCGCGAGAGGGAGGAGAGCGAUGCGAUGGAAUUCUAA